GUCCUAUUACCAUUAUUAAUUAUCAGAAAAACUUCAUUGUUUGAUUAAGUUCUUACAGAAGCAUAUCAUAUAUGCAGCGACGUGACCUGACAUUCACUCCAUAUAACUGAUUAUAGCGGAAGAUUGAUUUAUAUUGUACUCGGCCAACAUCGAACAAUCGAUCAAUUCCUGUUCAGUUUCGAAGGAACCUGCUAAACUCGCAAUUUUACUGGCUCGCAUUUCAAUAUUGCACUCUCAUCAAAACACGGAUAUAGGAAAGUCUGGAAACGUCGUAAGUCUAAUUCAGUGAACACCUGGUUGGCUUUCCAGCUCUGCUCGCUGCUUGAACGUUUCGACUCACUUUCGACAGUUAGCGGAAUACUCUCUUGUGGAGGAAUGAAUUGGCUGAGGAUCUUGACAGUAUUUUUUAAUGCAGUAGUCUUCGUUGCCUGUUCAGGAGCCUCAAAUGCUACAUUUCCAAGCUCAAAUGUCACAAUUGGAUGCGUGCCUGCUGACAGUACUAAACAGUCCGCCGUCCACUCAAAUCUGGGGCUGUGCUUGCCAUACCAAGCCAAAUUUCCACGUGGCUACUGCAAAGAUAUCCUUGGUUAUCAACCGAUCUACGGAACAGACUCACGCGAGCUAGAGGAAAACGAAAUGAAGAUGUUGCGCUAUCAAGUAGCGAAGAGCUUCGUAGAACAGUCACGAGGGAAGAACGGGGAAGUAGUUUUCAACGACAGUUCUUACGUUGUACGGCAAAGCUGUCUGGAUAUGGUGGAUGACGUGUAUUGUCAUCAUUAUUUUAAGCGCUGCUACAUGUCUUCCAGCCCACCUUUUAUUUGCAGAGAAACGUGCGAGCAAUUGUUUUUUAAAGUCUGUGAUCGAGAGUUCAAGAUUGUGGAGGACUUCACGAACACGACGCGAAGGCGCUCGAGGCUCAAUUAUCCAUACUUCUUUGACAUCAUAGACUGCACCACUUUGCCAUUUCGGAAUGAAUCGUCUAACUGCUACUAUCCUGACAAGAUAAGAGACGAACUCAACAUUUUGGAGAGUGAAGAUUGCUUCUACGGAGAUGGAGGUGGUUACCGUGGCUACAGAAGCGUCACAGUUUCCGGGUACACCUGUCAGUCUUGGGACGCCCAAUGUCCUCAUAAACACAAUAUCAAUGGAGGGAUUUACAAAGCGAUUCAUGAUAGCGGCAAUUUAUGCCGCAAUCCAGGAGGGUUCGCGAUGGAUGGGCCGUGGUGUUUGACCACGAAUAGGACCGUGCGUUGGGAGUACUGUGAUGUGCCUAAAUGUGCCAAACAGCCGCCGUCAAGUCCACCUAGCAACUUUCGAGGUCACAACACGAGCUCAACAAGCAUAAACGUCACUUGGGGAGAUGUUCCAAAGCCUCUGAUAAAUGGAAUACUGCUUGGAUUUCACGUGGCCUGUGAAAGACCUAACACGUCUGAGAGACAUAUCGUACAUUUGUCACCUGCAGAACGUAGCUGGGUCUUCAAAGGACUACAGAAAUUUAGCAAUUACAGUUGCUGGUUGAGAGCUUACAACAACUUUGGAAAUGGUAAUUGGAGUGAAGAACUGGUAAUUUCAACUAACGAAGAUGUGCCCGAUGCUCCACCUCAGAGUCUAAAGGCCUGGAAUCUGAGUUCUACCAGUCUUUACGUCCAGUGGGACCCAAUCCCUUCUGGGUAUCGGAAUGGAAAAAUACUACGAUACAAAGUGGAAAUUAUAGCUGAAGAACAAUCGAGGGAGCGACACAAAACUACAAAGUACACAGAAGGGACAUCUCUUACGCUCAGGGGCCUUCAAAAAUACUGCAAAUACGUAGUCACUGUUUCUGGAAUAACAAGACCAGGCCAAGGACCCACUCGGUCAAAAGUGUUGCAGACGGACGAAGAUGUUCCAGAUCACCCUCCAAAGGACAUAACGGUGUUUAGCCAAGGAACGGACACGGUUCAGGUUGACUGGAGCCCAGUCCCACCAGAAUAUACCAAUGGAGAGGUGCUCGGGUACAAAGUACUAUACAGUGACGUGGAAGAUACAUCACGUGUCAAUAGUAGCUUAGUUUCACCAAAAGAAACCCAUUCAAAGAUCGAAGGAUUGAAAACAAACACAAAUUAUAGUUUUCAGGUUCUUGCCUUUACAGCCAAGGGCAAUGGGGUUAAGAGUCCGGCGUACUUUGCAAGAACUUUUCCAGACCCAACUAAUAGGGAGACGGUGGACCCGAGCGCAGCAAAUAGUGCAAAAGUGAGCAUAAUCGUGGCUUCUGUGUUCUCCGGCACCAUUGUAUUUGGAGUAGUUUUCUUUGUGAUGUACUUUGUCCGAAAGAAGAGGACUUCGUCAAAUUCCGACAAUGGAAAUGGUACAAGUUGUUCAGUAACACCUUAUGCCGUUUCCUCUACUAACUGGAUUAACGAUAUCAUCAGCACUUACAGACACGGAUACGAGACGCUAGAUGAUGAAAAUGUUCCCACUACAACUCGUCAACCAAGGUACAUCAACAUUGGUGCUGAUGGCUUACCUGACCUACCAGCACACUUAAGGGAUAUGGUUUACGAGUUUGAACAGCUGUACGAGAACACACGGUACAAGAGACUGCAGCCGUACGCGAGAAGACGAUCACUAGGAGGAACAGUGGAUGGGCUUGGGAACCCCUUGUAUGACAGGCUGCAACGAGUGAUUUCUUCAACUGUUCCUUGCCCUGGCAGGCGAUGCGGUAAAGGUGUGCAGGCGACGGCUACCGCAAACCAGGAACACAACAUCAGAGAACACCAUUCUGUUGACCUGGGUAUGCUACGUGGGUUUAUCGGGGCUCUUCAGAGCAAUACAUGUACAGUGGAGAUGACAGAAAUGGUACCUCUGGAGCAAAAACGUCGGCGCCGUUUCUCUGUCGACAUGGGCCAGGUGAGAGAGUUUAUUGCUCUCAGAGAAAUGAAAAUCACCACCGAAGAAGGCAACACGGCCGCAGCUGACCACCUGGAUGCACAAGAAGCCCGUCACAUUGACGACACUUGUUGACUGUCUGUAAGAUGGACAA